AUGUCUCUCCAAACCACUCGAUUGCUCGCACGAAGCCGACUAUCAACUCUCCGCUCCAGCUCCAUCUGCCCAACAUGCCGCUUCAACUCGACAGCAGCGCCGCAAUCAGAAACCACAGCGCCACCUUUACUCCUCAAGCUCAAGAGUGACCUAAAGACCUCCAUGAAGGCCAGGGAUACCAACCGGCUCAACGUCCUCCGUAGCCUGAUCUCAGACGUGAAUAACUCGACCAAGACAUCGAACCCCAUCAAGACAGACAUGCAGCUCGUGUCUCUGCUUCGGAAACGGGCUGCCGCGGCCAAGGAAGCCAGCGAUGAGUUCAAGGCUGCGGGUAGAGAAGAUCUUGUUGAGAAGGAGGAAGCUCAAGCUGCUGUGCUGGAAGAGUAUGCUGGCAGUGUGGAGACCAUGUCCGCGAACGACAUCAAAGAUGCUGUCAACAAAGUCGUUGAGGAAGCCAAGGCAGUGGCUCAAGAAAAGAUCAACAUGGGUGACGUCUUGAAGAAGCUGGUGGGAGCGGGAGGCAGUCUAGAGGGCAACCCUGUGGAUAGGUCGGAAGUCGCAAGGGCUGUGAAGCAGGCGCUGGGACAGUGA